AUGGGUACACAAUUAUCAAAACAAAAUUCUCCUCGACUAGGACAAUUGAACUACGAUUUAAAUCGUUUUGCUGUUAUUACAGUUUUAUUUAAUCCAAUUAAAAAUAAAUCACGUUACGAUUUAUACCAUAAAUUUGAUAAACAUAUGUCACGUUGUGGUAUUCAUUUAUUUACUGUUGAAUGCAUAUUUGACAACGAGAAACAAUUAGGUCUACCCAAACAAAAAUUUGAAGUCACACGUUCAAAUGAGUCUCGACAUUUACAAAUCAUAGCUCCUUCAAUUUUAUGGUUAAAAGAAAACUUAAUUAAUAUUGCUAUUAAACGUUUACCUUCAUCUAUCGAAUUUGUUGCAUGGCUUGAUGCUGAUAUAGAAUUUCAACGUUAUGAUUGGCCUCAUUUAACUAUUGAUCAAUUACAACGUUAUCCAAUCGUACAACUAUUUCAAUUGUCUUUCUUUUUAGGACCAUCAGGAAAACAACAAGUCUUACGCCGUGAUUAUUCAUUUGUUUAUUCAGUUACGCAUGGAAGACCUAUUGAUUCUCAUCGUUCAUCGGAAUGUUAUUUUCAUCCUGGCUAUGCAUGGGCAAUGCGUCGUAAAACUUUUGAUGAUAUAGGUGGUCUUCUAGAGUUUUCUAUUCUUGGUUCAGGCGAUAUUCAUUUUGCUUUUGCAAUAAUAAAUCGUAUUGACGAAACCAUUCCAUCUGAAAUACAUAAUGAUUAUCGGCGUUUAGCUAAUGCAUGGGGAGAACGAGUAGCUCAAAUAGCUGGUAACGGUACCAAUAUAUCAUAUAUACCUGUUAAUAUAUGGCAUCAUUGGCAUGGUAGUCGUCGUGAUCGAAGAUACAAUGAACGAUGAUUUCAAUUUUCUCCAUUGACCGAUCUAGAAAAGAAUAAUAAAACAGGUUUACUUCGUUUAACAGAUAAUUAUCAUAAUAAUCAAUCUAAUUCAACUAACCGUUUAAAAUUACUUGAAACCAAUAUCAUAAAUUAUUUUCGAUUACGUGAUGAAGAUAAUAGAAAGAAACCUAUACCAACAUUAAAUACAAAUGUACUGUCAAAUGCACCAUCAAUUUCCUCAAAUCAAUUUUUUCGUCCAAUUAUUGAAGCAUCAAUUGAUUCUGAGACAUCCUCCAUAGGAAACGAUCGAAAGUCCAAUGAUUUUUCACCUCGAUGCUAUUUAUCUGAAUAUGAACCCUAUGAUAGUAGUACUCAUGAAAUUGUCCUUUGA